AUGGAUUACUAUGAAGCCGAUCAAGUGCGUUAUCUUCAAGCUGAGCUUUUUCCCGUUUGUGUUAUUGCCAGAGGUGGCCUGUUGGGAAGUUUUCUUCAAAGAUCAUUAAAAAGUAACCAGUUACGCGUCGAUGCUCAUUUUCCGCCUGGUAUAGACGGAGGUGAGUUGGGAACCUUGAAUGAUGGGUCGGUGCAGGCCAGAUUGCGCGAGCCGCGGGAACUCUUCACUUUACCCCGGGAUCCAGAAGGACCCCAGCAAACUGCUAGGUGGCCUUCGGAAUGCCAGGUUUUGGAGGAACGAGUUCAUCAUAUAGAGUAUACACCUCCACAGCCUGAGCCUUAUUAUAACUUUAGCGGAAAAGAACCUCAGCCAAAGGUUAUCGGUGAAGAAAGUGGUGUCGUGAUUUAUCAAUAUUAUCCGACAAGUGCAGUUAAUUAUUUUAGUAGAUCUACCGCAGGCGGUAGCAGAUUAUCUCCUCCGGGGACGUCGGCUGGACCGCGCGAGCCAACAUCGGAGGACGAAUUAGCAUUCGAGUCGCGUUUCGAAUGCGGAAAUCUUGCCAAAGUGGUUAAAAUUACCGACACUUAUUAUGAAUUACAUUUGAGAUCUGAUUUGUACACUAAUAGGCAUAUGCAAUGGUACUAUUUCAGAGUAUCAAAUACGAGAAGACGUUUUAUAUACCGGUUUUCUAUAGUAAAUCUAUCGAAGGGUGAAAGCCUUUACACAUCAGGUAUGCGCCCAUUGCUUUAUUCAACUCGCGAUGCUCAUUUGCACAGCAUAGGGUGGAGAAGAUGUGGUGAUAAUAUCAGCUUUUAUAAAAAUGAUUCAUCAAGUGAUGAGGAACCAGAUCAAAGUGCUUCCUAUACUUUAACAUUUAAUAUAGAAUUUCCACACGACAGAGAUUCCGUAUAUCUUGCUCAUUGCUAUCCAUAUACAUACACUGAUCUACAGGAUUAUUUAGGUAGAAUUCAAAACCAUCCAAUAAAAUCAACUUUCUGUAAAUUGAGAUUAUUAUGCAAAUCUCUAGCUGGCAAUAACGUUUAUUACCUGACAGUCACGGCACCUCCAAUAGAAAAUGAAACUAAGAAAAAGAAAGCCAUCAUUGUAACAGCACGUGUACAUCCAGGAGAAACACCGGCUUCGUACAUGAUGAAAGGUCUGAUGGAUUUCAUAACUGGUGACUCAGCAAGGGCUCGUGAACUCAGGGCUAAAUUCAUUUUCAAAAUAGUUCCUAUGCUUAACCCCGAUGGUGUAAUAGUAGGAAAUAACAGAUGUUCAUUAACUGGAAGAGAUUUGAAUCGACAAUAUAGAACUGUGAUAAGGGAAACUUACCCACCAGUGUGGCAUACUAAGUUAAUGAUACGCAGAUUGAUGGAAGAAUGUGGCGUAUUGAUGUAUUGCGACAUGCACGCACAUUCGCGCAAACAUAACACUUUUAUAUAUGGCUGUGAAAAUAAACGAGGAGCAGACAAACGCCUGUUGGAGCAAGUUUUCCCUCUGAUGCUCCAUAAAAAUGCUGCAGAUAAGUUUUCCUUCGAAUCUUGCCGUUUUCGCAUUCAACGAUCCAAAGAAGGCACAGGACGCGUGGUUGUCUGGCUGAUGGGUGUUGCCAAUAGUUACACGAUGGAGGCUUCAUUUGCAGGCUCAGCAUUGUCUUCCCGAGCUGGUACACAUUUUACUGCCCAGGAUUAUGAAAAUAUGGGUAAAUCUUUCUGCGAAACUCUAUUGGACUACAGUGAUGAGGAUCCCAGCAAGGAAAGACUUAGGUGUAAAAUCAUAACUAGACUCGUACAAGAAGGUUCUACUGCUGAUGAACCUAUUAACAUCAUGCUGUCAGAUUACUCAAGUGAUGACGGCGAUAGCUCGAGCAGUUCAGACUACGAUCUUUUGUUCAAUAAGAAGGAAGAAGUACUCGUGGUACCACCACCGUCACCAGUAAUUUUAAAUAAGUACAAGAAGAGCAAGAAGAUGGUGCGCACCACGUUGGAUUUACCAACUACCGAUCCUGGAAGUGAUUUAUGUACAACAGAAAUAGAUUCAGGAGAUGAUACAGAGCCCGUAGCUAUCUCAAAAAAUUCAUAUUCGCCUAAAACCAACAGUAAAAAUCUACAGAAUCGUCAAAAUAUGAAUGAUGACAGGAAACGUAAAACAAAACGUCGUUCAAUGCCUCCAGAAUUAGUCGUUAAAAUAGCGCAAAAGUAUGAACAGGUUUCGGAUAAUGAAAGUUACACAACAAAAAGAGAAGCGGAAAUCCAAAUCCACAUAGAGCGUCAAUCCAGCGAAUACGAGUUUCCUAAAGAUUUUCCGCCCGUUGAUAAACUGCGCACCUGCCCGUGGAAUCAAUUUAAGAGUCUUCCUCAUAAACAGUUUUCAGAAAACCGGGGUGAUCGCUCAGGCGAGUUGCGUGCUAAGCUUCUUACAAGCACGGCGCGGCAGCAGGUGUGGACGGGCACACCAGAAUGGGGACCCAGGGCACCCUUAUCAUGGGGUCUAUCAAAAAUGUUACACUUUAAUGGAGAUAGUACCGCUUUGUUAAAAUCAUGCUCGCAAAAACUUCUUACCCUUGAACGUAUGAGUUUGAAUUAUCACAUGAAAAUAUUGAAUGAAGCUAAAAUCGCAAAAUCAUUAAAGAAAUCAUUCAGUCAGUCAGGAGCCAAUUACGUGCAACAAUCGAGCGAUGGAAAUGGCUUAGAAAAUCGAAAACGAAAACCAAGACUUAAGCGAUCUGAUAAGGCUACUAGUAAAGAUAAACCAGAAAUACCAUUACCAUCUUAUUUAUAUUGCUGGCACAAAGGACAUAGAAAAAGAAAGCCUAUAGCAACACAAAACACAGCAAAAACUGUCAUGUCAUUUGCUAGUCCCGAGGAAUCUAAUGUAAAAGUUAGUCGAAAUAACGGAUUAAAAUUAGGGGGUCUUGCUGUUAUGGCCAUUAAUAAUAACACUAAUAAACAAACACAUAAACUGAGGCGUCAACAACGAAAGGCAGAAACAAGCUCGGAUACGGAAACAGAACAUAAAUCCAAAGCUCAAGACGGGAAACAGAAAAAUAAAAAAAAGUUGCUAAAGAGUCGUAGUAAAUUAGUCUCAUUUGAUAAAGUCAAUAAGAAAUUGUAA